GGCGUUCAGGCCUGCAGCACCUCUCCAUAUUGUUCUCUAUCAGCGGCACAACAAAAAGAGGGCUCUGCUGCAAAACGCAGCCAGGAGCAGCACUGAUCGGCGGACAGUUGGGGCAGGUCAGAGGGGUGCUGCUGUGCAAGCUGGUCAGUCACGCAAAUGUUUCUUUUUGUUGUUGGGCCCCGUUCUGCUCAGAUUUGAGUAGAAAAAUGAGCAGCGACAGUGAAGCCUGUCGGUCUGAUGCCCUGCAGGCCGCAGCCUCACAGCCACUUGACUCUCAGAGUGAGACAACCUGGUCCAGACAGGAGCAAGAGGAAAAACUGAUCCUAGCUGCGUGGCGAACCAUGCAGCAGAGCCUGUCUGAGAAGGACCUUGCAGCUCCAGGUCUUCCUCAGUCUUUCCUGGCCAAGCAGAGGCGCUCCACCCAGGCUAGGAGGGCCCGCUCCACCCGUACGGAGCCCCAGUAAGAGCCUCUUGAACUGAACGCGUCUCUGUGCUAAAGAAGAAGAAAGGCAUGCGAGUUUUUGGUGGGCUGUUAUCCCCCCCUGCUGGAGAUAUCAAUCAGAAACAUACCACAUGUAAAAAAAAAAAAAUUAUUUUUUUUUUCAGAUUGUUGCUUGAAGUGCUGAAAAAUAUGAAAAAAGACAAUAAAAUCAAGUGGCGCAUCGUUUGUCAUUGCUAAAAAAAAUUUUUAUAAUUUUUUAUUCUGUAAUUGCUUGAAUCACAUCAGUAAAGUAUAUGGAACAGUAAAACCGAAAAUCUU